AUGUCAGCUGGCAAGACGGUUGCCACGUACAAGAUUCUUCUCCAGAACUAUUCCAUCGUCGACAUCCAGGACGUAUCCCCGGGAUCGGGAGCCCUGGGAAGUGCCGCCCUCGCCCUCGGCAUCCCAAUCACGUCUUUCGUCUUCGAUGACACACACCUGGUCUGGUUGCAGAAUGUCGCAGAUUUGCAGUGUGCUCGCUUGAUUUGUGACAAAAAUCAGAACCUGUACCAGCAGACGUUGGCAGAAGCUCUUCAGAACUGGUUCGGGGACGACCUCGCUCUCGACCGUCCUGUUAAGAAGAAAGGCGAGGAAGAAGGCGAGGAGAACAAGUGA